GUCAACAUGACUCUUCUAGGAGGAGAAAACUCUGACUAUGACUACAGCGCGUUAAGCUGCGGUUCCGAUACCUCCUUCAACCAGAACUUCUUUACAGAAGCGGAAUCUCUGAAAGGGAUCUUCUACAAACGAGCAAAGCUCAUCCAACCCGCUGAGGACCUCUUUCAAAGCGCUCACCCCGAAGACCGCAAGCACCAUGCCAUAAUAAAUGUUGGUGGGAUCCGGUAUCUUCUGCCAUGGACAACCCUUGACGAAUUCCCCAUGACUCGCCUGGGGCAGCUUAAACUUUGUAGCAAUUUUGAUGAGAUCUUGAGCAUUUGUGAUGAUUAUGAUGUCACCUGCAAUGAGUUUUUCUUUGACCGCAACCCAGGAGCGUUUAGAACAAUUUUGACUUUUCUGAGAGUAGGAAAGCUUAGGUUGCUGCGUGAAAUGUGCGCGUUGUCCUUUCAGGAAGAACUACUUUACUGGGGCAUUGAGGAGGGCAACCUGGAAUGGUGUUGCAAAAGGAGGUACCUACAGAAGAUGGAAGAGUUUGCCGAGCUCAACCUGAGGGAAGAUGAACUGAUUGAGAACGAAAACCCGUCGGAACCCGAGGAUGAGACCAAGUUAGACACGUGCAUGCGUCACCUCCGUAACAUGGUGGAGAAACCACAGUCUGGACUUCCUGGAAAGAUCUUUGCCUGUCUGUCCGUGUUGUUUGUGACAAUCACGGCUGUGAACCUGUCCAUCAGCACAAUGCCUGACAUGCGAGAAGAGGAGGAAAAAGGUCAGUGUUCUCAAAUGUGCUACAAUAUCUUCAUUGUGGAAUCGGUCUGCGUGGGAUGGUUUUCUCUGGAAUUCAUCCUUCGCUUCAUUCAAGCGCCCAGCAAAUUUAGUUUUUUGAGAAGGCCUCUGAACCUCAUAGACAUCGUGGCCAUCCUGCCCUACUACAUCACGUUGAUCGUCGACAAAACAUCUGGCCAAAAAAGGCCAGGUUCAGGCAACAGCUACCUAGACAAAGUCGGCCUGGUGCUGCGUAUUCUCCGUGCCUUGAGGAUUUUGUAUGUGAUGCGUCUUGCCAGGCACUCGUUGGGCCUACAGACUUUGGGGCUUACCGCGAGACGUUGCACUCGAGAGUUCGGACUUCUCCUCCUGUUCCUCUGCGUGGCCAUCGCGCUUUUUGCUCCCCUCCUCUACUUGAUUGAAAACGAAAUGGCCGACUCCCAGGAAUUCACCAGUAUCCCCGCCUGUUACUGGUGGGCCGUCAUCACCAUGACCACGGUAGGCUACGGGGACAUGGUGCCUCGGAGUAUCCCAGGUCAAGUGGUGGCCCUCAGCAGCAUUUUAAGCGGGAUCCUACUAAUGGCCUUCCCGGUCACGUCCAUCUUCCAUACGUUCUCGCGCUCGUACAUUGAGCUGAAACAGGAACAGGAGAGGCUGAUUUGCAGGAGAGCACAGCUGCUGAUGAAAACGAAGUCCCAGCUGAGUAAUAUCUCACACGGGAGCGACAUAUUGUUUGAAAGCAUGUCUUCAGAGGCUAAAGACAAUGAUUGAAAGGAGAUGACUUUGAACGCCCAGCUGUGUCUACAUGAAAAUGUCAUCGGAUUUGCUGAAAGAGCACUUAAAAAGCGGUAGCUGGCAAUGCUUUACAAGAACAAAACUACGGCAUCUUCUAAAGUUAUACUGAGUAUCACCAAGCCCACCCAUCAAAUUGAACGUUAGCCCCUUGAGUGCCUAAAACAAAAGCCUCCUCAAUAGAAUUCUACUGACGGGAACAAGUAGUCCAGAAUUCAGAAUCUUCAUCGUGUGACUUAUUCGAUACGUUGCAUUUUUCUGCCUCUGAAAGUGUUAAAUGUACAAAUAAAUUCUCUAGGAACAUAAAUUAAGAUUUUAAUAUUUUUGGGCUUGCCUUCUUUUGUGGAAACCGGUUAGUUCUUCCCAUUCUGUGAUUUCUGCCACCCAAAAUGUUAUUAGAACUCCACAGAUGAUUGAACCAUCAGAGACGGCGGAACCACAGAAAGGCAAAAAUUUUGACCCGCAUCGAAAAAAUAAAGUUGUUGCCGGAGUUUCCAACAAACUUUGUGUGUUCAUCAAGCCAUAAUAGCCAUCAUAGCGAUCGCUGAUGUCACAGCGCAUGCCACUUUUGACGCAAAUGGACACGGAAACUCGACGCAAAGGGAAGUGAGCAAAAGCCUGACGUUAGGCUAUUUGUCUUGCUCUAGAACUAACCUAGACAACCAAAGGUCCCAUCUGUGGCCAUCAUCUACUGCUCUAGAAUGCCUCCUAUUUGUAUCCUACAGAAUCCUUCGUCCGGCCACUGGAAUAGCCAUGGGAUUGUGGAAGGGGGGAGUACUUCUUGUUACGUUGCUCCGUUAACUCUUUCAGUCCCAACAGAGUCCCAAUCAAUGUUUGAAUGUGUUAGAAGCCAAAUGUUCAGCUGUUCACUCCACUAAUGGUGUCCUCCUAAUGUCUGGGGAAAAAAGAUGUUUGCGUUCUGUUUGACGUCACACCUUAUAGCUUAUGCUGCGGCAUGUUUUUCAGCGUUGGGUCCCAAAUUUCUUUUGCAAGAAUAUAAUACAUAUUCUAGAAUGAAACAUUUGCAAACACUAAUUAACCUAAAUGUCAAUUUAUUGCAACAAAAAAAAGAGAGAAAGGAAUCUGCCUCCAAGACGUUUAUAGCUUUAAUAAUCAUGUAUUUUUUUUGUUUUGUUUCUGCACAAAUGUUACACAAAAUCCACUUUAUUGUAAAUCGUAUUUUUGUCAUAAAUUAUAUUAUUUAUAAGAGAUGUGUAUAGAUAUAUAUAUAUUUAUGUAAAUACAGAUGUAUCAACUUAAAUUGUGUUCAAUAAAAAGGUGAAUAUGUCUUUCA